AUGCCGGAUGAAUUCGAUAUACCCAACAUUUGGCAUCAAUUCCGCAAUCCCGUCAAGACAAUCGCCCGGACGCUGGACUUCAUCGCCGAGUAUGUGCGUCCAGACCCAUUGACCCGGCGAAACAUCACAGUAGUCUGUCUCUCGGAUACACACUGUCAACUCCCACCCGAUGGCGUCCCUUUCGGCGACAUCCUCAUUCAUGCCGGGGACAUGACCGACAAAGGCACCGUAGAAGAGAUUCAAGCACAGAUCGACUGGCUCGACGGUCUUCCUCACAGAUAUAAAGUCGCCAUCGCGGGCAACCAUGAUACAUUUCUCGAUCCACAGAGUCGACAGACUCUCACAUCAGGAGAACAGAAGCAAUCACUCGACUGGAAAAGCGUAAUCUACCUCCAAGAUGGGACCGCCGAGCUGAACUUCUCCCAUCGUCUCGGCGACGGAACCCACGAUCGGAUCAAAGUCUACGGCCUCCCUCACAUCCCUGCCUGCGGCGGACCGGAAUUCGCCUUCCAAUAUGCUCGGGGGAGCGACACCUGGUCAGGCAAAAUCCCUACCGACAUAGACAUCCUGAUCACGCAUACGCCGCCCAAGUAUCACCUCGACCUCCCGGACUGGUCCGCUCUCGGCGACGAAUUCCUCCUCGAGGACGUCCGCCGCACGACGCCGUUGCUGCACGUCUUCGGCCACGUCCACGCCGGCAAAAGCGAUCUCAUCAGCAGGCUGCGCGGAGGCCGAGAGACGGUCCGCUGGGAUGCGAGCGAGAGGCACUUCGCAAGGAUCAUGGGGAGGGGUCCUGCGACUUGGCUUUUCGCUGGAUGGCUGGACGUCUACGGAUGGCUUUUGUUGGGCAUUGCUUUCCUCCUCUAUGCUGUCAAUGUCGUGAGAGAUCACCUCGGAUGUGAGACGAAUGCCACGAGGAUGGUCAAUGCGGCGUUGAUGUAUCGGAAUACAGGCCGACUGGCGAAUCCGGUGCAAGUCAUCCAUAUUUGA